AUGUCGGACAAUCCAGGACGUGCACCUUCUCCGGCUCCUUCUAUGCAAAGUGGUAAGUAAUUGAUCUUGUACAUCGAAAGUUUAGGUUGAAAUAGAGUGUGGGAGGAAGAUAAUACAUAGGAGGAACUUUUACCACAAGUUUGCAGCGAGAAUGUACCAUAAACGUACCAUUUUUGCAACUUUUUGAUCUUCUGCCUAGUGCAAUAUAAAAAAUGGUCGUUUGUCAAAACUCGAUAAUUUCCUUUUAUUAGAUAGCUUUCUAGUUGCUGAUAAAUGUAUUUUGCAGGCCUUUCUUUCAUUUUUAUAUUCUCUUUUUACUCUAACGACCUUAUUUUAGAAGCCAGUGCUCUUCACUAUGGCUCGGAGUUUGGCGGUUCCAUGGUCUCGGCCUUUUCUCAUGUCUCCUCCGGAACUAACAGAUCUCAAGGUCGGCAAGGUCCUCGAGUCCGUGCUGACCUCUCCGGUCUCGCCAAUCCUCAUCAUCGAACAAUUCAAGUCAACGAAGCCGACGAUCAACUCAACAUGGAACUUGACGAAGAACAAGUCCCGGCAGGACAGAAAAUGUACAUCUGGGGUACUCGCAUUGCUGUCGACGUUGUUCAAGCGCAAUUCCGCGAGUUUAUUAACAAUUUCAAGGUGAGAUUUUGUAAAGUUAUAUUGCACUUGACGUUUAGGUGUCUGCGAAUGGAAUUUUUGAUAAAAAGAUGUUGUUCUAGGCCGGCCAAGUGGAUGAAGAUGAGACUACAGCUGUCGGAGAAGAUGGUAAACGGACUGAGAUGAACCUCGACGAACCAUAUUACCUUCAACGUUUGGCCGAGAUCAACAUCUCUGAAAUCCCAAUUCUCAAUUUGAAUCUUGGCCAUGUCAAACUCUACAAGGAGUCGUUGUAUCGAAUGGUGAUCGCCUAUCCCGCUGAUGUGAUUCCUUAUUUGGACAUGGUUGUGAACGAGAUCUUCGAAGCAAAAUACCGGAAGAUUUUGAACUCUCCAAUUGAAGUGCGCCCAUUUAAUGCUGAGCAGACCAAAAGUCUGAGGGAUUUGAAUCCUGAAGGUGAGUAGAUUAUCAGUUGUUUGAUUGGCUUUUAGAUAUCGAACAGUUGAUUACCACAAACGGGAUGGUCGUCCGAAUUUCUCCAUUGAUCCCAGAGAUGAGACAGGCGUAUUUCAAGUGCUCCGUCUGCAAUUUCCCGGUGAGUAAUGGGAAAACAAAGUUUAUAUGGGUGUCUAGUGAACCUUGAACCUGUUUUAGAUGCAUACAGAGAUUGGUUUCAUUGAGCUUUUGGGGUCUUUGGAAUUAUAUUAUCCAUGGAGAGUAUUAAUAUUUUUUAGCAUGAAUGUGACGUGGAUCGUGGACGAAUUGAAGAGCCCACUACCUGUACGAACUGCGGCAACACCUACUGCUUCCAACUCAUCCACAAUCUUUCCAUCUUUUUGGACAAACAAAUUGUGAAACUCCAGGAAAUCCCCGGCGAUGAGAACACCGGCCAGACCCAACACACUGUCAAUUUGGUCGUCCAUGGAGCCUUGGUGGAGAAUGUGCAUCCGGGAGACCGAGUUUCGGUCACCGGAAUCUUCAGAGGAAAUUUUAAUCGGGUGCAUCCGGCCAAAACGGCGUUGAAUGCGAUUUUGUCAACCUCCAUCGAUGUGCUACACUUUAGAAAGAUGAAUCAGAAUCGACUUCAUGACACGAAUGAUGGGUAAGGAGUGAAUUGAAGGAGUUUUGGAUGAGAUUUGAGUGAUUUUUGAUUGGAAAUAGCCAGAUUUCUGAUGGAUAAUACAGGGUGUUUCGAGAAAUGUGCCGGAAAGUUUUUGUCGAGUUCUUGGCGCUCAGUGAAGAUAUCCAAAAAAAUUCUUUUUGCGGAAUAAAGAAGAAGAUGGGCGGUUUUUUGCCCAAAAUUAUCAUUUUCUCCGCCAACGCAGAAGGUAGUGUAUUCGGCGGAGACUUUUGAUCGCUUUUUUGGUCAUCACACCGAUCUUAAACGCUUUUUUUAUGAAUUUUGAUGAUGGAAAGGAGGAUAUUUGUGUAUGUUCAUGUUUAUCAAGCAUUCGGAGGAGGCCAUGACUCGGCUUCGGGUAAGCAAAUACAGUGAGGGACAUGAUCCAAUGGCAAAAAACGUCUCAUUUUGCAUCCCGGAGGGGACCAAAAGGACUCCAAACCCUUCCCUUCUCUAAUCUAAAAAACCCCGCUUUGAAGAUCCCGCCUUGAAGGAAAGGGCGCGAUUUUCAAAGCGGAGUUUUUUAGCUUAGAGAAGGGAAGGGUUUGGAGUCGUUUUGGUCCCUUCCGGGAUGCAAAAUGAGACGUUUUUUUCCAUUGGAUCCGGUCCCUCACUGUACAUAUUUAUAAACAUAAAAAUACGCAAAUGUCCCCUUUUCCGUCAUCAAAAUUCAUAAAAAAAACUUUUAAGAUUGGUGUGAUGACCAAAAAAGCGAUCAAAAAUCUUCGCCGAAUGUACUACCUUCUGCGUUGGCGGAGGAAAUGAUAAUUUUGGGCCAAAAACCGCCCAUCUUCUUCUUUACUCUGCAAAAGGAUUUUUUUUUUUUGAUAUCUUCACUGAGCGCCAAGAAACCGACAAAAACUUUCCGGCACAUUUCUCGGAACACCCUCUAUUAUCCAUGGGAAAAAUUGCUAUUUCCAGUCAAAAAAUCACCCAAAUCUCAUCCAAAACUCCUUCAAUUCACUCCUUACCCAUCAUUCGUGUGAAUUUUUGUUUUUUUUUCAGAAGUUAUUUGUCCGAAGACCGAAUCCAAGAAAUUAUCAACCUCUCCAAGCAGCCCGACAUUAUCCACCGGCUCUGUUCCGCAUUGGCGCCUCAAAUUUUUGGUCAUGAAGAUGUGAAACAAGGCCUCCUUUGCCAACUGUUUGGUGGUACUCGCAAACCAACCAAGGAAAACGAAAAUCGCAGCAAAUUGCGGGCCGAGAUCAACGUCCUGCUGUGCGGAGAUCCGGGAACAGCCAAGUCCCAACUGCUUCAAUAUAUUUACAAGUUGAUGCCCCGCUCCCAAUACACCUCCGGAAAAGGCUCCUCGGCCGUCGGUCUGACCGCAUCCAUCGCCCGAGAGCCGGAAACAAAGGGAGUGGUCCUGCAGACCGGUGCGUUGGUCAUGGCCGACAAUGGAGUGUGCUGCAUCGAUGAGUUCGACAAAAUGAGCGACUCCACCAGGUCCAUCCUCCACGAAGUUAUGGAACAACAGACCCUCAGUAUCGCCAAAGCCGGCAUCAUUUGUCAGCUGAACGCCAGAACGUCCAUCUUGGCCGCCGCAAAUCCAAUCGGAUCCAAGUGGGAUCAGAAGAAAACUAUCAUCGAAAACAUCAACUUACCCCAUACGUUGUUGUCCAGAUUCGAUUUGAUCUUCUUAAUCAUCGAUCCCAAAACAGAAGAGUAUGAUAGAAGACUGGCCAGGCAUUUGGUCAACUUUUAUGUGAAUAGAGAGGACUUGGAAGAAGAGGUUCAUGCAACUCUGGAUAUUGCAUUGUUGAGGUUAGUGAAGGUUUAAAAUUGAGGUGGAAAGGAGUUUAGAGCAGUUGGGGGGAGCUUUGAGGGUAAAUCUGGGGUUCAAAGGGCUUUUGGAAGUUUUUUGGAUAUUGUAGUAGGUGGAGAAAAAAUUUUCUUUAAUUUUAGGUUUUUUUGGUAUUGAAAUUUUUUGUGAAGACCUAAAAAGUUGUUUUAGUUUGUUGAGAAUGCUUUUUGAAUGAAUUGCUGAUGAUUUUUGGACAUUGUAGUAGAUACAAAUGCACCUUAUUAUUUUUAAAUUUUGAUCAUUUUUUGUCGAAAAAUUGAACAUGGCGAGUCUUCAUUGAUGUUUUAAGGGCAUUGCCAUACCUCUUUUGAAAGAAUUUUAUACCCUUUUUUCAGAGAUUACAUUGCCUAUGCCAAGGACAACAUCAACCCCAAACUGAGUCAGAAUGCCGACCAAGCACUCCUCCAAUACUAUCUGGAGAUGAGAGAAGCGGGCAAGAGGACUGGCCACAUCACCGCCUAUUCGAGGCAACUGGAGUCGUUGAUUCGACUCUCCGAAGCCACGGCCAAAAUGAGACUCAGUGAAUGGGUGGAGAAGGAGGAUGUGGACGAGGCAUAUCAGUAAGUUGAUUGGUCGGUUUAUAGGGGGAAUUGAGAGGUUUGAACGGAAUUUUGAAUUUUUUUAGAAUUCCAAAAAAUGUGUCAUCGAUGAAUUGAAAAUCGGGGAAAUUACAGUAAUCUUGAAGUGAAAAUAUUUUUUGAGUAUUGGUUUAGAGCGUGGAAAGUGUCUGCAGUUGAAAGGUAUUAAAAAUCUGGGGUUAUAGAGGUGUCAUGAUGACGGAUUUUUAUAAAUUUACAUAAAAAAUUAGGUUCUUGAAGUUUUCACAGUGACGGACCUGAUACAGUGGCAAAAAACGCACCAUUUUGCUUCCGGGAAGUAUCAAAAAGUUUUGCAAAAUGCUUCCCUCUCCAAGUGAAAAAACUCCGUUUUGAAGGGCGCGCUUUGAAAAUAGAAGUUUUUCACUGGGAGAGGGAGGUAUUUUUCUACAUUUUUUGAUACUUUCCGGAUGCAAAAUGGUACGUUUUAUGCCACUGUGUCAGGUCCAUCACUGUAAAAACUUCAAAAACCUAAUUUUUCUAAAUUUAUAAAAAAUCCAUCAUCAUGACACCUCUAUAACCCCAGAUUUUGAAUCCUUUCAACUGCAGACACUUUCCACGCUCUAAACCAAACCUCAAAAAAAUAUUUUCACUUCAAGAUUACUGUAAUUAUGGUAUGUUUUUUGCCACUGUAUCGGGUCGGUCACUGUAACAAAGACAGAUUUUUUUACAGUCAUGUUAUUUGUCUGUGUGUGUUUGGAGCAGGGUACUUCUCCUUUUCGCUUCUUUUAAAGCUAUGAUUUUUUCAUUUCAGACUCUACAUGAAGGCCCUGUGCCAAUCGGCCGUCGACCCCGACACUGGCUUUGUUGAUGUGGGCAUCCUGGCGACCGGAGUGGCCGAAUCCACUCGCCAACACGCCUCCGCCCUCUCGGAGAAGAUUAUCAAACUUUUCACGCAACGAAACGUCACCCAAAUGAGUCUCCACAAACUUUUGAAUGAAAUGAGAGCCGAUGAUACGACGGUGGACAAGCAUGUGUUCAAUGAAGCCCUCCAACUACUGGUAAAGGAACAGAAAAUCAACAAAACCAGUGACAAAGUUUCACUUGUUUUGUAA